GUACUGAUGCUGAUGAAGUUAAGAUAUUUAAUUUUCUCACGAACUUCUUCCUUUCUGUGAGGAAUUCCUCUAAUAAUCGUCAAAGGAAUUCAAUAAUAAAAUAAUGACACCCUUUUUGCGGGGGCUGAGAAUAUCGUUCGUUUUCCGUUUGUUCUACAUACUUAGAGCCGUUAACACUGGUAUGACGGCCUGUGAAGGAGUUUCAUCUGAAAGAUUUAUAGCAAUUUUUAUAACGUUUUGUAUGAUGUGUGUGAUGUGUGACAAAAGUACAUAAAUAUCGAACGUAUGUAAAACAUGAACCACAUUUUCAAGGACGAUUUUGUUACGGUGGAAGACGAGCUAUUUGCAGGGAGAUUAAGAAUAGAAAACAUUAUUUUUAAAUAGAAAAAUUGAACUUAAAUCUGGUUAGUAGCUUCCUGUAAAUAACACAUUCUAGCUUUCCGUUUUCUUCCACUAAUCAACAAACGAUGAGUCUUUGUGAUAGCAAUGCAAUUUAAACGGUUUCUUCUCACGGCUACACAUAAUGUCUAAUACUAGCGCUUAUCGAUAACAUCAUAGAGUAAGGAAUAUGUGAAAUGACAAGCAGAAUAUGUGGCGCAUUACAUACGCCAAAAUGGGACGUCCCGUUUUACAAAGCACGAUAGCCAUCAGCCGUUUGCUACGGAACAUUAACAUUUAUCUCACCGUAGAGCCCCCAGCGACUGACGUGACUAAAUUUUAACAGCACAAUAAUUUCUGACCACGGUGUCCUCCUCCACUCUCCUGCCACGUGCGUACCAAUAACAAGUGAAAUAAUAGAGUUUUCUUGAACGAUGCACUAGUAGCACUUAUGAGGCGACCACAUUUUAAAGCUACCCUUACUGAUUCUAUGUGUUAACGGUUGGUCAUUUACUGUCUAACCGGUGCCAGUGAAAAAGGGCUGUCGACAUAUUUGCUUCUCGGCCUGUUACGCCUCGAAGGCGCCUGGCACGACGGUGACACUUUGCGGACAGAAGGUUUCUUGCCGAUUACUUGCUCGAGGCAUGUUUUCUACCGUACACCAGACAUUCUGUACAUCACAUGACUUUAUCAUAUUCUUCCCUUUUGCUAAAAGAAUUCGUACAAAGUUGUAGCAAUAGUCUUCAAAUAACUGGAUAAUACACACUUAACUAACAAGGAAGCACAGAAAUUAAUAGCAUACGGCGUGGUGCAUUGAUUCUAAUGACAUGAAUUAUUUAACGGUUUACGAAGCAUAAUCUAGAUGCGAUGUAACCGAUACUAGCUAUUUGGAAGGCCAUCGUCACCCGGGAAGGAUCAUUAAUUCUUACCAUUACCGCAAGUGGGUGAUUAAUCAGAAAGAAACGCCAAAGCUCCAUUCCCCACUAACGGCGCCAUACUGGUGAUCGACAUUUCGUCAUGCCGUAAUUGAAUUAAAUGGGCGUGAUAAGCCACAACCACAAGCAUCACGUCCACACGCUACUAUGGCGAAUAAGAAAAAAUCAUACCAGAAUACAACAAUUAAGGAGCAUGAAAACUCAGUCCACACAAGGCACUACAUCACUGGCACCACUCAUCAUUCAAGCACGAACGAUGGCUUCGACCGGAUUGUGGAGACGGUUUUUGGAACGUUUCAAACGUUUUGUCGUAAAUCUGUUGACCACCACCUCGGCGCACGGUAUCGGUCAUGUGGUACAGCAAGGACUGCACAUAAUCGAGCGCAUCAUUUGGAUUUCUUGUAUAUCGAUCGGUGUCUACGGUAUGGUCGCACUGUCCCAACGCAUCUGGAACAGAUUCCAAACCUCGCCGACCGUCAUCUCGAUGGAUCGUAACAUGUACUUUUGGAACACGAGCUUUCCGAGCCUAACCAUCUGCUCCCAUCGACGGAUCGACGAGGAUAAGCUGGCGCACUACAUUCGAUUGCGGGGCUUUGACGAGGAUGAUGCUGAGCAGUUCCGUGAGUUUGUUGUCCUGCUGGCAAACGUGUCGUACAGCUCAUUUCUCGAUCUACCAAUGUACAAAACGUUCGGUAUCGCUGGCUACGAGUAUAUGGAGCUGCUGUACAACUUAUCCUGGAGCUUCGAACCGCAGGUCAACAGUGGCACCGCUACUGCUCUGUCCGCACAGCCCACGAUUACGGAGCUUGGGCUGUGUUUGGCAGUAAACUCGCGGAUCGCCGUAUACAAUUCGUACGACUAUUGGCAGGCUCGUCGAUGGGAACGUGUGUACGAACCAGCACCACUAGUCGUGCAUCCUCUGGACGGGGAAGUUUACGGGCAACUGAUUAAGCUCGAAAGCUCGUAUGAGGUGUUUUUCCAUGGAUCGAUGGAGGUGGCCGAAAUCUCUAAACGCCAGUAUUCGUUCCAAGAGUCCUACUACACUACGGUCGAACUGUUAGCGUUGGAAAUACUUACCUCACGCAAUGCUCGCGAACUGUCUAUCUCCCAGCGCCAGUGCCGCUUUACUCACGAAGGUGAAACGCUCAUGUUCAGUCCAGUUUACAGCUAUAACCUGUGCCGUAUCGAGUGUCGCAUGAAGUUUGCUUUCAAGGUGUGUGGCUGUGUGCCACAUUUCUAUCGGCCAAUCGGGAAAGGUAAUUUCCGAUACCGUAUUUGCGAUUUUGAAGGUUUGCGAUGUCUUGGACAGCACGCAGAUGAGAUGAUAACAUUACGUUCGAAACGGUACAUGAUCGAAUGCAACUGCUUGCCAAAUUGUGACGAUUCAAAUUUCUUCAUACAAGCACAUCGAUCCCGCGAGUGGUUUCUGGGAGCAAAUCUACAAUGGGGAUUGACGGACUAUCCCAAAAUGCAGCUGAACAGGGAUAUUAUAUUUGGACUAUCUGAUGUAUUCGUGUACAUUGGUGGACUGGGAGGUUUCUUUCUUGGUUGCAGUUUGAUCACAUUUGCUGAAUUCGUUUUCUUUCUCACGUGGCGACUGUUUAAAUAAUUGAAUACCUAGUUACC